AAGGAGCACCGAGACGCUAGAUCAGGUCUUCUGUUAUCGAUUGGGCGGGCUCACGUGAUCAGUGCGUGAGCUGUGUUGUUAAGUUGUGGUUACUAAGGACGCUCUCGUUACGGCAGUGGAUUGUUUGGCUGCGAAGGAGUAGGACACCCGUUACAUUUUUUUGGCUCUGCUACGAGAAGGCCUACGAGACAGUGAUCCAGUAAAAUAGGAAUUGUUAAGUACUCAACUGCUUCAGUCAUGGCAAGCCUAUACCAGCAGAAGAUCCCCGCAGGGGAGGAUUUUCCCAACUUUGAGGGCCACAAUUCACUGCUUUCCAAGCACCUGACCAAGGAUCUGUACGUCAAGCUGAGAGAUGUGACUACAGAGAGUGGUUUUACUCUGGACCGAGUCAUCCAGAAUGGUGUGGACAAUGCAGAUUUCCAUUUGGGAGUUCUGGCCGGUGAUGAGCAGACAUAUGAGGUCUUCAAGGAAGUGCUUGACCCCAUCAUCCAAGAAUACCAUAAUGGGUUCAAGCCUACAGACAACCACGUCACGGAUAUGACCAUCAGCAAACUUGAAGGGGGCAAGCUGAACGAGAAGUAUGUGAUCAGCUCUCGGAUACGGACUGGCCGAAACAUCCGAGGCUACGCACUCUCACCGUUUAUUUGCCGCGCAGAGAGGAGGCAGGUCGAGAAGAUCGCUCAGAGUGCACUUGGCUUGUUCAAGGACAAACUGGAAGGCAAGUAUUACUCCCUGCAGACCCUGGGUGAAGCGGACAAGCAACAACUUAUAGAUGAUCACUUCUUGUUUGAGCGACCAAUCUCCCGUCACUUCACCAGUGGUGGAAUGGCAAGAGACUUCCCCGAUGGGCGAGGCAUCUGGCACACUGCAGACAAAAAGUUUCUUGUCUGGGUGAAUGAAGAAGAUCAGCUGCGUAUCAUCUCCAUGAGGCAAGGGGGUGACAUGAAGGCUACCUUUGAGCUCUUCUGUGAAGGACUCAACGCCUUUGAGAAGAACAUGGCAGCCGAGGGCAAGGUGUUCAUGAAGAGUGAUCAUUUGGGCUUCAUCCUGACCUGCCCGUCUAACCUGGGCACUGGAGUGCGCUGCAGUGUACAUGCCCGCUUCCCUCUCCUUGCUGACGACAAACGCUACGACUUGGACAAGAUCUGCAAGGCCCUCCGACUCCAGAAGCGUGGAACAAGCGGAGAAUUCACCGAUGCCGUUGGGGGCGUGUACGACAUCUCCAACCUGGACCGUCUGGGCACCACCGAGGUCCAGCAGGUGCAGUGCGUCAUUGACGGGGUCAACAAACUGAGUGACAUGGAAGAACUCCUAGAGAAGGGUGAAAAGAUUGACCAUCUCCUACCUAUGGGAGUAACAGCCAUGGAGAACACGAACACCAACAAUAGCAGCCGGUCCCCGAAAGCAAAGAAGACAUCAGUGUGCGUGGCACUGUGAGUCAUGUGGUCAUGUUAUGUUACACUUUACCUCAGAUGAAGCUGGUGCUUCCAAAACUUCGGCAACGUCCCAGUUUGGGCUCCAUGAGUCUAAAAUCAUGUCAAGCCCUUUAUUUCAAAACCAAAUGGAUGCCCUUAACUUUAGCCUCAUCUCAGAGGAUUCAAGGUCUCAAGUCUGCUAAAGCCCAAGUCCAAAUGCAGCCGAGGUUUGGAAACUCCUUGUGAUCAGGACAGGACAAGAAUGGGAAAACAAUCUCCAAAUCUGCCCUCUCCUUUAUCCGGUCUCAAACGGAUUUGCUUGAUCUUCCACUAAAACUAAAAUUUCUUUGGCCGUCUAUGUUGCGGAUGCAUAUAUUUUUAUUUGAAAAACAUUCAAUCUGCUGAUAAUUUGUUAUCCCAUUUAAAUAAAUCUUUGUUUUAUACGACGAUUUUCUUACCAAGCCAUACUUCCUUCGGAGAAAUGAAAAAAAGGGAAAGAUAUAUUAUGCAUUGAGAAAUUGUACAUAACAUUACCACAUCACUUAGACUGUGGUGAGAAUAAGAUUUUGUUUAAUAUAAGUUUGCAGUGUACAUAUCAUGCUAUGUGAUUGUUUACUGUGUGUGUUUUUAAAACAACUUGAUUUCUAUCUGUUCAUAUUUGUGUGAGUGAAUAUCAGUUGAAUUGAUGUAUAAACUUUUCCGUUUAUGUUUUUUUUUGGGGGGGGGUGGGGGAAGGCGACUUUUAUGUCUAAUAUUAAGAAUGUUUGUUGUUGUCACGUUGAACUGAAAUGACACGUAAAAAAGGAUGUGUCUGUACUGGGCAGGCUUCAGCAAAUCCACCAUUUUUGGAAUCGAUUUGGGUUAUGUCCAAGAAUUUGCAAUUCCAUUGGGAAGUGAUUGUUAUUGAUUCUGAAACUGUGAAUCACUAUGAACGCCAAAAGAGUCUGGAAUCCAUGGUAGGAAAGAAAUGAUAACAAGACCAACAUUAGGUUCCAUUCAUUGGGGCCGCCUAAAAUUCUUCGAACCCUUGUUCAACUUUCAGACAUUCUGUUCACAAAAACCGAAGCAGUGUCAGACGUUUUGGGGUUGACAGUGAAUGUGUUCAAUUCUUGAGAAAAAAAUGGUACUGAUGUUGCUGUUUCUUUAUAAAGGAAAAUAAGCUGUUAAUUUGUGUGAAUAAUUUGCUAGCAAACCAAGUUUUCCCUGGCUUUUUAAAACUUGUGGGCAAUUGCCACAAAUUUACAUGUACACUAACAAAAGAAUCAUCUACUGAACAAAUUUGGAAUACUAAGCUUAACAUUUAGACUCUUUAACAAAAAUGCUAAAUCUACUUAACAGGAAAAGGCUUAUGCCUUUUAUGAAGAGUGCCUUUGGUACAAGACUGAUUGAACAUUUGAUGUUAAACGGGGGGUUGCGAUGUGUUUUCUAAAUGGCUGUGACUUUUGCAUUAAAUAUAUUAUAUAUUGUGAUUGGGCGAAAUAAUUCUGUUUCAUGUAGUUCUAGGCGUGUAAAUUUGUGUGUGUUAUCCUCUAUACUCUUUGGUCAUUAUUGCAGUGGGUUGGUACUAUAAAAUAUUCCUUAUGCUAUUUACCAGAACUGUUCUACUCUUAUCCAAGAAAAUCCAAAGAGACUUGUUGUAAUAAAAACAAAAUCUGCAACAUUAGAGUCAACUUGCACUCGGCCCAAGUUUGAGACAUAUAUGUAGCUUUGAGGUGUUACUGCAAUUUUUUGCGAUGCGAAAGUACCGUUGGGACAUAUUAUCUGAAAUUCAGAUAAGCGCCUUUUUCUUUGGCAGAUCUAAAACUCUCAAGAACCUUGUUGCAUUUUUCUGAUAUUUUGGGUUCACAACGUCUAGAGAGUUGAAAUUGUUACCACAGCUGGAACAUGAUAGAUCCCAUGUUAGAAACUCGUGCAAGAAAAAAUUCUGAUCAGCCAAAUACUGUAUGGUAGCCAUGUGGCUCAUAGAUUAAUUUAUUGCUUGAAUUCAGUACAAGACAAACACAUUAUUACAGUGACUCUGUACACACAUUUGUGAGGAUAACUGGCCAGAACAGAUUGGAAUAAAACAUGCUAUUGAAACCACGA